AUGCUGGCGCACAGGAGACCACAGAAAUUCUUUGAGACGCUCAUCAGGAGCCUGAUCAUCUUGUGCGUGGCCAUAGCGGUGGUCUUGUCGUCCAUCUCAGUCUGCGACGGCCGCUGGCUCUUCGCGCGGGGGCAGCUCUUCGGACUGUGGCACUUCUGCACCGUUAGCAACGGCAGCGUCCUGAAGUGUGUCACCGACCUCGGCCUGGCCAGGGUGGAGGGGCUGAGCGUGGGGGUGAUUCCUGUGAGAAGCAUGGUGUCCUUCGCCGUUGUGGUUGCUAUAUUUGGCCUGGAGCUGCUGAUGGUGUCCCAGGUCUGCGAGGAUGCCAACGCGAGGCGGAAGUGGUCGAUGGGCUCCGUUCUCAUCUUCUGCUCGUUUUUGCUGUCAGCUACCGGGGUUCUGAGCUUCUCCAUCCUCGUGAAGGAUCACCUCACCCUCAUGGGCUUCACGCUGACGUACUGGUGCGAGUUCAUCGCUGCCUUUCUCUUCUUCCUUAAUGGGAUCAGUGGACUUCACAUCAACAGCCUCACGCACCCCAAGAACAGGGUAGGCGUAGUCUAG